CUUCGUCGUCGUUAUCAACUAGUCAUAAAUCUUUGACGUUAAACGAAUUACACAAAUACAAAGAUUUAACUGAUCUAUUAUCGAGCAACAAUACGGGAAAUAAUUUUCUGAGCAACAGUGAUAAUAAUAAUAAUAAUAAUAACAAUAAUAAUAACAAUUCGACUGUACCUUCUCAUUUUAUUACAAACAAUGAUUUUUCUCGUUUAAAAUUGUAUAUAAGAACGCAGAUAUGGCCUAUUGAUCAUCCCAUUCGACGACAAUUAUGGAUAAAUAUUCUAACAUUAACCAGAGUCACAGUAAAACAGCAAUUUCAUUCACAAAAGCGUACAAUUUCUCAAAAUUAUUCGACAUUAAAUGCGAUUACAUCGGCAUCAACAAUAAUGAUGGAUAAUUUAACAACUAUUGAUCAAUCAAAUACGAUAUCAAAAUGUUUAGCAAUUGCUCAUCAACGACUUCAACGAACUAUGCCUCCACUUGUCGACAUUUCAAAUAUAUGUUUUUAUUAUUUAAAUGAUUUUGGCAAAACACAAUUACAAAAACUCUUAUUUACAAUUUCAUUACAAAAUCCAGAUUUAACCUAUUGUCCUCUAUUACAACCAAUUGGAUGUUUAUUACUUCAUUAUUUAUCCGAACACGAAGUAUUCUAUUUGCUAAAUAGAUUAUUACAAAAAAACAUCAACUACUAUGUGAAAUAA